UUUAAAAAAAAGCACAAUCGAUUAAGAUACAGUAUAUGUGGUGUAACAUUUUUAAUACAUAUUCAUCGGCAUAAUGUUACAAAACAUGCAAUAUAUGCUUACACUGUAACAGAAAAAAAUGGUUAUUUACGUCUGAUGUAAUGACUUGGAAAAGAUGACCUCAUUCCUUGAUUGUACUUCCUUUGCGCAUUAGAAAAAGUGAUAAGAUUUUGCAAAAAAGAUAACUGGUUUAUUGGGUCAUUAAAUGCAGUCCAUUAGAUUGUAACGAUAUGUAAUCAUAACAUUAAGCGGAAGGAAAACCGUUCGUCGAUGUAUGCAAUUAUAUGCUGAAAAACGUUGAUUCGCGGAAAAUGUGUAAUAAUAAUAUAAUAGACGCUUAGAAAAACAACCAUUAGAUCAACGAUCAAGGUGAAGCUUUUUAAUUGUGUAUGUCGCUAGAUAACAUUUGUCGCGAAAACAGUUCGAACCAGUUCUUUGAGCGAGCAAUAUUGUGCAGCAAGCGUUCUCAUGGAAUAAGCUGUUUCAAAGAGCGAGGAAAUAUUAAAUUUCACCGACGAAGCAAAAGUGUCGUCGAAUUCCUCUCGAGUGGCACGCGUUCUUGCGUAAAUCACAAGGAGCUACCGUCAAAGUAUGUUACCGAUUUAAUGAUAUUCAUUCGUCGGUUUGGUUGAAUAUUCAACGGAGAAUUUGAUUAAAAAAGAAAAGAGUCAAUGCUGUGAUUAAAGAAGAGCAUUAUAAGAAGAUCGUGGUUCGAAAGUGUGAACAAUUCUUUUAUCGUUAUACCGUUCGAGGGAUAAGUGAUAAGAGCGUAAUCCUGGGUGAGUUACUCAUUAUACUCCCACACAACACUCCCACUUCGUUUAACCAUAGUAUCUCUAAACAUAAAAAUUAACAUUACUUGUGACGUCUUAAUUUAUAAAACCCCAUUUAGAAAACAUAUGCAAUAUGGUCACGCUCGCCUUUCUCGAUAUCGUGUAAGCUUUGCGGUGAAUUAAGCUCCUUAAUAGAGUAUUGAUUUGCAAUAAAAAAGAAUAGGUGCUUUUAAUAAAUUUAAUCGGAGCGGGAGAAACGGCUCGCGAGCUUUAUCGGUCGACCGCUAGGUAGCGGGAUAACCUUGAUGGCCAGUUUUGUUUAGAUUUCUGAAGUGGAGUUACGGUGCUUUAAUCACACACACACAUACACACACGUGCACGCGCGCGCACACACAAAUCUAAGUCACAAGCAUCUCUCGAGCUACGGAUUUGACAACAAUUUUCGAAUUAAGCUGGAAACAGCGUUUAAACAAAACAUCUGUUGACAGUUGCAAAAUAUGAACACAAACUAGUGUAUAGUAUUCCUAGUUUGUGUAUAUAUAUACAUAUAAGAUAUAAAUGAGAAUAACGUUUCAAAGAGAAUGAGCUUAGAAAAUUUGAUUUCUAAUUUACAUCACGAUAUAUAAAAAUAUGUAGCAUCUGAAUAGCACUACUAGGAGACUAAUACAGAAAAUUCUUGGAGUAGUCCCCAGCUGUAGCUAUAAACACGAUCCUACUCCUACAACGGUAUCUGUAGACACAACGUACGCACAGACACACACGCACACCGAGUGAACAUCUCUGGACUACUCUGGAGACCUCCGCGUGAAGGAACCAAUAAGCGAUUUGCCAGUCUAAUCGUUCCAACGUCAUUGCAUAACUCGCGUUGCUUUUUAAACCAAUUAUUUAAUGCGCUGCGUGCAAUGAUUUUGCACUUGGAGGCGUUUACCGAUCGAUGUCACGCGUGUGUGGUGACGCCGACCGAAAAUGCCUACGGGCGCAAUAACGCCGGCGAGUUCUGCGAAUUGGAUGUACGUCAGAACUAACCUAAAGAAAAAAAGCCUACAUCGUUGCGCGGUUCUAACGAGGAAAAUACAUUUGUCCUAAAUAAGUAUGAACCAUAGUUCGACACGUCGUUUCAUCGAACUUCGGCAUCGAUAUGUUCGACGUUGUCGCUAUCUUUCCGCGACGUCCGUGAAAAUUCACGUAUAGGUUAACCAUCGACAGGCGUCCAUCGACCGUUUACAAUCUGUCACUUCGGCUCGACAUUUUGUAAAUGGUAAUACAAUUGUAUAAAUUGAAAUGUAAAUGUGAAGUUACUACGGAUGUAGCACUCGUAUUGCCAUGUAUUUUAUAAUGAUCGGACCUCCCAAAACGUUCCUGUGGCUAGCGAAUAAGGAAUCAUUCGUAUUCGAAGCAAACUUUAGGAAUGAAGUGAAUUCCAUUUUAGAAUAAUUUUCCAUUUAUACACGUAUAUAUGCAAACUUGAACAAACGCGAACUUCAUUGUCAUGCAUUUAUGAUUAAAUGCAUAUGUUCUAAGCGUGAGAAAUAAUGUGUAGGUUUAAUGUAUAUUUGUGUAUAACCUGAUUGCAUUAAAAAUGCAAGCCAAGAAACGCUAUUUAUUAUUAUUUGUAACGUGCGCGUUUCUUGGUUACUGUUACUUCGGCGGUUACCGAUUAAAAAGUGAAAAGUGGCCAGGCAGAUCUCAGUUGCCUUACGAGCGAUUGCCUUCAUAUUUAAGUCUAAAUGAAGAGUUCUACGACAAGGAUUUAAGAACAUCAAAUGGAAACUCUCUUAUGUCUCAACGUACAAAACAAUGCCGUAUGGAGACUUGUUUCGACUUUACCAGAUGCAAGCAAGGUUUCACGGUAUAUGUAUACCCAGUCGAGGAUGUGAUAAGUCCGCUAUACCAAAAAAUAUUAAACGUUAUUACGGAAUCAAGAUAUUAUACUUCGGACCCGACUCGAGCAUGUAUAUUUGUAUUAGCUUUGGAUACAUUGGACAGAGAUCCAUUGUCUACAGAAUUUGUGCACAACCUUCCUGCGAAAUUGCUGCGAUUACCGUACUGGAACAAUGGAAGAAAUCAUUUAAUAUUUAAUUUGUAUUCUGGAACAUGGCCUGAUUACGCGGAGGAGGCCCUAACCUUCGAUUUAGGAUACGCGAUGCUCGCGAAAGCUAGCAUGUCCAUCUUCAGGCAUAGACCAAAUUUUGAUAUCUCUAUACCAUUAUUUGGAAAGCAACAUUCGGAACGCGGUGGAGAACCAGGUCAAGCUUUAGAAAAUAACUUUCCUAAUAAUAAAAAAUACGUCGCAGCUUUCAAGGGUAAAAGAUACGUCCAUGGCAUUGGUUCGGAGACUAGAAACGCUCUCUAUCAUUUACAUAACGGCAAAGACUUGGUGUUCGUCACGACUUGUCGUCACGGCAAAGCAUGGAGAGAAUUACAAGACGAACACUGUCAACAGGAUAAUCAGGAAUAUGAUACGUACGAUUAUGAAAUUUUAUUGAUGAAUGCUACCUUUUGUCUCGUACCACGAGGAAGAAGACUCGGUAGUUUUCGUUUUUUAGAAGCUUUAAGAGCUGGGUGUAUUCCAGUUAUCUUAAGCAAUGGCUGGGCACUUCCUUUUCACGAACGUAUCGAUUGGACACAAGCCGUUAUAUUUUCUGACGAAAGACUGUUACUUCAAAUACCAGAUAUAGUACGAUCUGUGUCCAAUGUACAGAUACUUAAAUUACGGCAGCAGACACAAUUCCUUUGGGAACGAUACUUCUCUUCUAUAGAAAAAAUCGUAUUUACAGUAUUCGAGAAUAUUCGCGAGCGUUUACCAUGGGAAGGUACUAGAGAAAAACUUGUUUGGAAUACUAGUCCUGGAGCGUUAACUAUAUUACCGCAAUUCGCCGACAGUCAGCAAGAACUUCCAUUUUCGAAGAGUAAUCCGGGUAAUACCUUCACUGCCAUAAUCUACUCGCAGUUAGGAUCUACUGCCGUUCUUUAUCGUCUGCUUAAAAGUGUCGCAAAAAGUAAAUACAUAGAUAGGAUUAUUCUAAUGUGGAACUCGGAUAUUCCGCUACCAAGAAGGCCACGUUGGCAAGGGAUCAAAGCAUCGAUACACAUCGUUACGGUCGAUGGUAUAUCCCAACGUUUCUCUCCUCACCCGUUAAUCAAAACUAGUGCCAUAUUAUCGCUAGACGAAGAUGCCACACUCAAUACCGACGAGAUUGAUUUCGCCUUUACCGUUUGGCGAUCGUUUCCUGAUCGAAUAGUUGGCUACCCAGCAAGAUCGCAUUAUUGGGACGAUUCUAAACGUUCGUGGGGCUACACAAGCAAAUGGACAAAUGAUUAUAGUAUAAUUCUAACUGGUGCCGCCUUCUAUCAUCGUUAUUAUAAUACGUUGUACACCGAAUUACUGAGUUCGACCCUUCAUAAGACUGUUGAACAGUCGCAGAAUUGCGAAGACAUACUUAUGAAUUUUUUAGUAAGUCACGUCACUCGAAGACCACCCAUCAAAGUGACACAAAGGAAAUUGUAUAAAGAUACUACUGUGGCUGGAAUCAGAUCGCCUUGGAACGAUCCAGACCAUUUCAUACAACGGCAAACGUGCAUGAAUACGUUCGUAGCCGUUUUCGGUUACAUGCCGUUGUUGCGAUCCAACAUGAGGCUCGACCCUGUUCUGUUCAAAGACUCUUUACGCAGUUAUCUACCCUUGAGACGAGCAUCCUAUAUAGCCUCGGAACAUUUCGAAACGAUAGUGGUGUAAAUUGCUGUUACGGCCGCGUGCGCGCACACGCGCGGCUAAUUCCAACCUAUAGGGAACAUUGUGAGUUUGCCAAUUACCAUGUGCAACUAUCGCAAUCCUGCGAUCACGCUACCAGCUCGUUGGUGGAUGAAGAUUAACCUUCGUUCGCAAGGAACGGCGAUACUUUGCGCUUUUAUGUAUUCGCGAAUGAAUUUUGUACAAACUAAUUAGGGUUAUCCUAUAUCGUUUAAAUACGAAUCGGGCCACGACGCGCAUCUUGGCAUAUGCGAUCGCCGUUAUAUAUUGAUGUACAUACGAAUCGUUUCAUAGUUAUUAAUAAAACGAGCAAAAUAAUAAAAAAAAGGAAAAAAUAAGGAAAACAUUAUUCGACGAGUUCUUCGACUUUUAAUGCCGGCCUUUGAUGCUACGCAAGUUACUGUAAUCGUAGUCAAUUGAUCGCUCGACAAAAAGAAAAUUGAAUUAUUACCAAACGCUUACUUUCUGUCCUUCGUUGUCACUGGGGCUGGCACCAUCUAUCAAAGUCCGUUAUCAUUAGACUGCGGAUCUUUAUGCAAAAUAAAAUCUUCGCGAUCGUUCCUACAAAAAUUGAACCUAAAUAGGAAUUUAUUUCAUUUUCCAAAUGUUAUAACAUGAACUUUAUUAUCAAUAUUUUCUAUACUCUUGCAUAUUGUUUCCAUUUUGUAGUUUCUUGCACAUUCAAAUUUCCUAUAUAUGCAUAAAGAUCCGCAGUCUAGUUAUCAUUUGGAAAAAUAUGUUACGCAACGUUUCUAUUUUGACAAGGAGAACCUGAUGUGUUUGUGUCUUUCAGUUUUAUCAGUUUUAAACAGCUUCUUUUUUGCAGGCAUUAUAUUUCCAGCUCUAGGAAAAAGUAUUUUAAGGGGAAGAAGAAGCAUUUCGCUGGUUUUGCAAUGGUGUGAAAUGUAUAAUACAAUUUCUACCAUCGGAUCCAUAUUGUGUUCACACGUCAAUACAACAAUACUGAAGAGAUUUGAAUAGUCAUGCAUAGAUACUCACACAAUCACAGUAUUCGAAUACUCACGCAUAGCAAUAAUAAGCAACUCGAACAGUGCCAGCCCCUAGUUGUUUACAAACAUCUUUGCGCAAACCUCAGAGAUGAACAUUAUCCAUGUGAAAACGAAAGCUCGAAAUCCUGAACUGUCCGAGAGCUUUCGUGAAUCGUCUGUUUAUUUUUGCAUCUACACAUUUUUAAUUACACUCCGUCAAUCGACUAGUUUAAAGGAUCAUUGAUUAGCGUAAGGCACGGUCAUCGACGUGUACUAUUUUUUUCGCGUAAAUUGUUAAGCAGUCAACGUUCUUUCGACGAACGCGACCCUUGCGCGAUGGGAAUAUACACUCGGUUCGUUUCUCAACGCGCAAAAGUUGGUAGUUUCGCUGCGCGCGCUCGUAGCGCAGAUUAUUCGUAAGUUGUAAUCAUGUACGUAGAAGGUAUUCCAAGGUUUUUUACGUACGUCUAUGUGUAAGAGCGCGUAUGUUAAAUUUCUGUUCCGUUUAGCGAACACCUGUACAGCAGCUUCUAUAUCGAUUCCGUGUACAUUUCGUCGGUUCCGUUUGCAUUUUAACGAGCUCUCGGGAGACUUUUAAGAGGAAGUAAGAAAUUACUUGUGACAAUAUCGCAAGUACGUCUAGUCGUUCACGUUCGUUUACAUUGGUACGCACCGAAGGAAAAGCAAACAAUAUUCGCAUUAAAGGUGAAACCUCCUACUCCCCCCUCUACCGCCCCUCGAUGCCGUGUAUUUGUGUUUCCACGACGUACGCAAAAGAUAUAAUGUGUACAUAUAUGUAUAUGUAUAUGUGAUACGUUUAUAAUUAUCAUGUGAUAUAUUCGUAAUCAUCGGAGAACAGGAUUCAAAAGGAUUUUGUAAUUCCACGCAAUGGCAUUUUUCUGUCGCGAUAAAAACACACACACACACACAUACACACACAUACGUUGUGCGUUAUAUAUAAUAUAUAUGUUAACGAGAAAUGUUAUAUUUUUUAUCGUAUCGCUGAUUUCGCUACACGAAGGGUAAGCAGGAACGAAGAAUCGUUCUUUUUCCAAGAAAUGUUCUUUCUUUAUUCGAUAGGUAUUAUAAUAUCGUAGAAUUAUUUUUUCACUUUACGAUAAUUGGUAUUACUCGCUUCUUCUUUCCUGCGAGCUCUUCGGGCCCUUUGAAUGUAAUUACGUACGGGACUGUGCAAAAACGAUCGCUUUUGCUCCGAACAAAAGGUACUCGCGAUAGUGUUGCGUUUGUUACGGUACCAAAAAUGAAAAAAAAAAAAUAAUACUAAUAAUAAUAACAUUAUUUUUAAUUCUAACAGAAGGGUAUUUUAACAUUGACGUAGACAGUUGGACAUUACUUAGCGAAUCGAUGGUUUUUCAUUAAUCGGAUGCAGAACGUCGAUGUAAUCUUGUUGCGUCAGAAUAACAUGUAUUUGAACAAAUAUGAAUGAUUUUAUAUGGCCAAGAGAAUAAAGUUUUUAUACAAACCCACGA